AUAUGAUUGUUGCUUUUAAAUCAGAAUGGGUCGAGAAAGGGUAGCAAGAAGAGAACCUUCUCAGAGACGAAAAGCAUUGCCAGCAAUACCAGAAAAAACUCGUGAGCUUGCUAAGACUAUCAAAGCAGAUGUUGUUCGCGCUGAACCGAUAGGUAAAGGACCGAUCGACAGUAUCGUUAUACCACCAGGUUCAAUCAAAGAUAAUCGUACUACGAUCAUCAGCAUACCCCAACCAGUGGAAGUUAUUGUUUCACAAAUAGCCAAUCGUUCGAUGCAAGUUAUCAGCGAGACCUUGGACGAACAAGAUGCUGCUGAGGCUGUAGCUGUACAAUCGAAGCUAGAUGAUUUGCAACAAGCAAGAAGAGAUUUUAUAAUAACCGUAGCGAAUGUCAGUGGACAGGUUGCUACUAUAGAAGACAUGGCUCCUGUACAACCUAGUACACCACCAAGAUAUCUUCACAGAAUACCGGAUUUGGAUGAUCCUUAUCUCCGUAUUGAAUAUACCUUAGAUCAUCCGAUCGUCGAGGCAGCUCGUGAAUUUAUGCAAAAAACUCUAGUUGCUAUGAAAGAAAGCGGAGUAGCUAGGAAAUUGGAUGAAGAAUUUAAAAGAAUCGCUGAAAUGGAAUCAGGAUUGGAUGUUGACGAUGAAUUUCUUCGCGAGGAAGAACUCAUACACAUAAGUGACGACGAUGAAAUUUAUGUAUCACCUGUUGCAAUACCAAGAGUUACUGCACCACGACGACACAUUCACAAGAGUCCAGAAUACUUCAAAUAUCCAACAUUUGAUCCGGAAGAGUUGGAAAGAUUUUUCAAUGUUGAACAUUGCCCAAUAGUACAUAAACCACCAUUUGGUCGAGAAGAUCUUCAUCCUGAUCUUUGGGAACUCGAUGAUCCCUGGUAUAUGCCACCCCCCGAACCUGAUGUAUCCGAUUUCAUUCAAUUUGAUUGA